AUGAGAAAAUGUUCAAACCAUGGAAUCACACUAGGAAACCAAGUGCUGUACUUCUACACUGGACUUACGCCACUGUCAAAAUCUCAAGUUGAUGCCUCUUCUGGUGGAUUAAUCAUUGGGAAAUCAGGGCAACAAACCAUGGACCUAUUUGAGUUAAUUUCCACCAUACAUUUAAUGUUCUCUUCAGAAAGAGUGGUACCACCAAAGGCAGCAGGAAUUUCAACAUGUGAGAAUUGUGGGAGAAAUCACGCUACAGAGAGUUGCAUUUCUCCAGAGGAACAAGUAAACUUUAUUCAAAAUAGCUCCUGUAAUUUCAACUCAUGUGGGAACAAUUUCCAACAAGAAAGAAGACCAAGUUUGGGGGAGAUGUUUCAACAAUAUUUGCAGAAGGUGGAUAAGAUGUUCCAGCAAAUUGACACGAACUUUCAAAAUCAGCAGGCAUCUAUCAAGAAACUAGAGACACAAAUUGGUCAGAUUGCUCAACAACUUGCAGAACGUCCACAAGGGACUUUGCCAAGCAAUACAAUGAUAAAUCCUAAGGAACAAGUGAUGACAAUUAAAAUAGUGGAUAACGAUCUACUGAGGGUCCCCGUGAAAGUUACAGCAUAUGUACCUCCACUUUCGUUUCCCCAAAGACUUCGAAAGAAGUUGAUGGAGAAAAAUAUUCAUGUCAUAAAUACAAAGAGCGAGGUACAAUCGCCAGAGAUCACUACAGAGAGACCCAAAAGAAAAGAUGACCAGGAAGUGAUUGAUGAAGCUACAAGGCUCAAGAAAAACAAACAAGACACAAAUUAUGAAAAAUUCCUUAAUGUUCUCAAGAAGCUUCAGAUCAAUGUUCCAUUCAUUGAUGUGAUACUACAAAUUUCAAGCUAUACAAAGUUUUUGAAAGAGAUGUUGACAAAGAAAAGAAAGCUUCCGAAAUUUGAAACUGUGACAUUAACUGAAGAAAGUAGUGCAAGAGUCUAG